CCGGCUCCUACCCCACCCCCGGCCCCCCAGGACCAGGACCAGGACCAGGACCAGCAGCCAGACCAGGCCUUGCCCGAGCAGCCCGCAGGAGGGACUGAAGGGCCCGCUCAGGACGCACCGGCAGAGCCAGAGCAGCAGCUUUGAGGGAGAGGAACACACACACACACACACAACACGCCACACAGCACACACUCACACAUUCACAUACACACAUCGCACGGAGGGAAGCCAGCAAGGGACAGAAAUCAAAAGGCUGUGGAACACGGGGACUGUGCUAAGCCCCGCCCCUUCCCCCAUGGAUUAGCCGUCGCUAACCUGCUAGCGACCAGCUAGCGCAUAGCAUAUUCCCCCUGAUCCUUAACCUGCUUCCCUCCGCAUGAAAACGAGAAAAAGAAGUCUAGAAAUGUUAUGCUGGGUUUUUGUCGCUAUUCACCAUUUGGGAAUUUUUAAGUAGGAGGCAGAAAAUAAGUGAGGGAAUAAGUAAGGGAAAACACAGACUUUGGACUUGUCAGUUUGUGACUCUGGGUUUUUACCCUGCCGACCUUCUCUCUCCCUCUCUCUCUAUCUCUCUCUAUCUCUCGCUCUCGCUCUCGCUCUCUCUCUCUCUUUCCCCCCCCCCCUCCUCCAUGGAAUCAGCCACAGAUCAUCGGGUCCCUGUCCGAUCUUUGGGACAAAUAAAAUAAUUUGGAAUCGGUUCAGUGGUGCUUGUAUUUCACUUCCUUCUCCCCUCCUAAAAGGGACCUAUACUGCCACAGUUUGACUUUGUUGUGGGGUAUUUUUCCUCUCUCUCUCUCUCUCUUGGGAGAGUGAACCCAAGUCAGUCACGCUCUAUGGCGUCAUGAUAUAGUCUUCUUACAUAACGUGGUCUUAUCUUACUGCAUGUUUUUGCUCCUCGUUUUUUGCUGAAUUUUGUGCUUCAUUUUGGAACAGACCGUUUUGUUUGGGUAAAACUUUCUUUACGAUGGGAUGAAAGAACAAGUUCUCUCAUGGCGAAAACACCUCUUGGCACAUCGUUUUAAGUAUCAUUUGUAUAAAUUGAAAUAUAUUGACUUCUGUUCAAUUCAGAUUCUUACCUAGAGGAUAAGUUAACACUGGAAUUAAUGAGGACCGCUAGAUGUUCUCUUAAAGCCAUUUCUCUGUCAGCAAAACAAAUAUUGGUGGUUGUGGAAGAAAUACAUUAUGGAAUGUACGAAAUUAACCUUUUUAGACUCUUGGGAAUAUAGGUUGCUAAUUGUGUCUUGGUUACGUUGAGUCAUCUCGUGUGUGUGUGUGUGUGUGUAGACUUUUCAGUGCAAGAGAAUCCUUGCUCUGCAUAAUGUGCUGUGUGCCUAUCAGAGUGCGUUGGCUUUGAACCACAGUUCAAAGGUCACCGAGGGAUUAAUUUAAUUCAAGAUCGUUUCCUGUGGCUCUCUGAAGUUUCCUUUGUGGCGAGUGCUUAAUUAUUUUUAUUGUAUUUUUUUUGUCACAGCUUGUUGUGGCCAAAUUUGUUUCUCCUUUUUCUUCCUCAUGCACAAAUGCGUGGAGCAGGCCUCUUCAUUAAAAUGGUGGCAUGCAAUGUCUUUGUGUAUGGUUCCAUAAUGUCAGCUUUUUGGAGAGUAUAUCCACCCUCCUCAGGAGGCCUUUUUGGAUCCCCACUGGAGGAGAUUCAGCCGCUCAAAUGGAGAUGGACACUGGUCGAAUGGAGACGGUCACUGGUCAAAUGGAGAUGGACACUGGUCUUGCAAUGGGAAGCGAUUCGCUUGUAGAAUCUGUUGGAACGAAGCAAAUACAUUUAUUUUCAACAUUUUGCCAAUUGCUUUUCUCAACAAUUUUUCCAUCUGGCCACUGUUUUGUUUUUGUCGUAUUAUCCUUAAUACUUUUCUUUGGCAAUAAAAACCGAGCAAAAUAGAGGAAAGUUGUAUAGAGAAGCAUGUUGUGAGUGACGAACAGUGAAAUAUUUUGACCAGCCCCCUGUAUAAAAGUAACUAGUCUUAUUCUAAUUUUGUUUAAACUUAAACAAACACUGGCAUAAGACUUAAUGACUGCAUUUUUACCAUCACGAUGAGUUUGUACUGAAAAGAAUAAAAGACGUGGAUAUUUAACACCUGUCCGAAAAAUUGAAUUGAUCUUCCUUAAUUAUGAUUCUGCACCAAUAUGAAUCCUACACAGAUACUCAUGUCAAAGAGGGUCCGUUUGUUUCACCGUGUCACUCAGCCCUUUUGUGGGAGGGGGAUAGUUUUGCAAGGUGACCAACAUAAAGUGACGCAUCCGUGUCAUCACAUUGUGCGGGUCUCAUCCACACAACCGCACACACCAUGAUGGGGUGGCUUUGGAUCGCCGUGGCAACGUGCGCUCUCUCGUCCUGCUCGGGCAAAGGAAAUGAGUGGUGGUGGGAAUAUGAAGAGGGACUACGACAUUACAACCAGGCAGCUCUCAACGAGGAGUUUCCAGAGAAAACUAGGCCUGUGAAUUUUAAACAUCCUCUCUUCCAAUGUCCGGACAUGAGUCCCUCUCCCUCUGUCCCUUCCUCAGUCGAGUUAGUGAAGGCGGCCGACAUCAAAGUCAUUGCUGCCCUGGGAGACUCUAUGACCACUGCCAUCGGCGCCAACGCCUCCAACGUCCUUGGGAUCCCUAUUGAAUUCCGUCACGUGUCAUGGAGCAUCGGGGGCUACGGUUCCUUCCAAGACGUCAUCACCUUGGCGAACAUCAUCAAGCUGUACAAUCCCAGUGUGCUGGGGGCGGCUCCCAGUAAGACGGUGCACGGCACCACGGCCCCGCUCAGCGAGACAGGCUUCAACCUAGCCGUCACCGGACACAACACCUUCAAUCUCCCUGGGCAGACAAGAUAUCUGAUUGACACUCUCAGGAACUAUGAGGGUCUCACCUUUGAGGAGGAUUGGAAGCUUCUGACCAUUCUCAUUGGCAUGAAUGACAUUUGUGAUUACUGCAAAGAUAAGGCUCUGUUUUCAGUCGACAACUUCAUCCACUACAUGACCGUCUCCUUGGAAAUGCUGAUGAAUGAGGUGCCUCGGAUGAUCGUCAACGUGGUCCAGAUCCUCCCCAUGGAGACUCUGCGGGAGGUCCAGAGACCUGCGCCAGGGUGCCUGCUCCAGCGGUCCUUCUGUUCUUGCCUGAUCAAGCCAGUGGCCAGUUCUCCUGAACUACGGGAACUAGUAGAGGUCAAUCUGGAGUUCCAGAAGCGUCUAGAGCAGCUCCUCUACAGCAAUCGCUUCUUCCGGGACGACUUUGCGGUCGUUCUUCAGCCCUUCCUGAAGAACUCCGACCCCCCCCGCCUGCCGAGUGGAAGGAUAGACAUGACAUUCUUCACACAUGACUGUUUCCACUUCACCAUAAAGGGACACGAGGAGCUUGCUAAAGGGCUAUGGAACAACAUGUUUCAGCCCGAAGGACAAAAGCUCAUGGUGAGCAGUUUCUCAGACCCCAUCGACCUGAUCUGUCCAUCACUGGAUCAUCCAUACAUCUUCACCCGACCCAGUGCAGCCAGCAGGGACGGCCUCCCGCCCCCUGUCCUGGAAGACCCAGCCUCUGCGUCUCCGCCGUGGGCCCCUUGCCCCCUCGUCCUCUGGGCCCCGUUAGCCUGCAUAGCUCUUUGUACUCUACUAUAACGCCCCCGGCCGUCUGUCACGUUCAACACACGGCUAGUGCCAAAAGAACUGGUGUCUGCCAAGGCUGGACGAUACUAUUUACUAUUUAGUCUUUUAGCUGACACGUUUAAUCCAAACCGACUUACACUGCUUUUUUAACGGUGUGUCCUGGCUCCAAAAUGGUGGAUCGAUCCCCCAACCGACUUCAUGUCAGCGGAAACCCUACAGAACUCCCGUUGUAGACUGAGAACUCAACUGUUCAGACGGCAGCCUGGCCCAGGACUUUUGGUUUUAAUUUAGGUUUGGGUCUUUUUUUUACCAUUCCUUUGUUGGUAUUCAGAUCGUUAUCAUUAUUUCUGCUCCAUCAACAACUAAUGUGCAGAAAAUUCAGCCAUUUAAUAUUCUGCUGCUGAAUUUGUUGGCCUACUUUUGUGGAAUAGAUUCUGGAACUCAUUUGCAUUUGAGCUGUAUGAUGAACAUUUCCUUUAUCAUGUUAGAAAUGACCAUGAAUGACACAAAUAUCACAUUCAGGCUAUACUGGAAAAUGUUAUUUACAUAAUGUUUCUAUACAUUGAGCAUUCAACUUCAGGAGCCAUGGAACACGAUCAGACACUCCAGGUUGAAUGGCCCAUUCAUGUCUGAGUUCAUUAUGCGGAGCAGGUGUAAUGAAGGUAAACACCACGGGCAGGUGAAGGCGGUAUCACCCUCAUAUCGUGUGUCAUGGAUUGGGGCCCGAACGUGUCUCAGCAAUGAGGCUUCACCACGAGAUAGACCAACUUUAAUGACACAAUGGGAAAGCUUAUAUAGGCUUAUGCAUGCACCUUGGUACAGUUAAAUAGAGUGGAGAGUAUAAUAGUAUAGUAUAUAGAGAACAAGUGCUUUUGCUGUUCAAAUUCUCAGUGGAAAGGUCUUUGUCUGUCUUUGGUGCAUCAGUGUGUGCAGAGUAUAGGCUACAACAGUGCCGCAGUCCAUAGCAUUUAGAGAAGUAGAUCAUUGACAGACAAUAAGAUAAUCUGACAUGGUGUGCCUUUACCAUCCAUCACUGUGAAUUCAGACGGGCAGAAAUGGCUAAUCAUCGGACAAAACUAGUUGAGUGAGUCCUGUUAAAAACAGAUAGAAGGCCUAGAUUUGUGUUUGUAAUACUUUAUAUCAUAGGCCUAAUAGUGUUUAUGUUAACGGAUUUGUAAGUAGCAUUUUUAUCAUGAGCUGAAUCAUGCAAUGAGCUGUUGUUGCAUAAUUACUCCAUCAUAGUGUUCAUUGAGAAUCCCACUUUAUGUGCAAACAGUCCCUUUACUGCUUGAUUCUGUGCAAAUAUGUGUGGGACGAGAUAGGUCUCUGCGCCUGAUCCAAGAGGAAAUGAAACGCAGCUAACCUAUUCCACAACGCAUCAGGCCGACACCGCCUUGGUAACAAAAGAGCAAAUAAUAUAAAAUAUAUAAUAUAAUAUAAAAGUGUGUCACACUGCCUAUUCAUGAAGCACAUUGAUAUGCAAGGAGAGGGAGCUCUGAGCAUGGACUGUAUAUCCUUCCCACUGAAGCACUAUGUCUAUUUCAUCACACGGGUGUAUUUCUAAAUAUUUUGGGCGUGGAAUUUCAAAGUAACCCUGGAUUUGUAUUCUGAAUAAAUUGUUAAAAUCACAGAGUCUUAUACAGCAGAUACAACUAUGGCAAAUGAUCAGUGAUUUAACCUGGAACGUUUCAUUAGAUUUCUAUCAAUAAUGUGUGAGAGGGGUCAUCUUUUCAUCCCCUCGCGAUUCAAGCCACCUGUACGCAACAAGGAUGCAAGUGCCAGAGAGAAGGUACUGUAGCAGGAAGGUUUUCAAUUUACUGUUCCCUAGCAACACAAUCAGGAAGCAGAGACAUCCAAUCUCCCAUCAUCCAGUAAGACAGUGGAACCGUAGUCCUUAAUA